AUGGCGUCAUCAUCGAAGAAAACUUUACGUAUUGCUGGAGAAGGAAGUAAUGCGGGCGAGAAACCAAGUAUAAAAUUUGCAAGAAGAACAUCAAGUGGAAGAUAUGUUAGUUUAUCAAAAGAAGACAUUGAAAUGUCUUCAGAACUAUCAGCUGAUUAUAUGAAUUAUACUGUUCAUAUUCCUCCAACACCUGAUAAUCAACCAAUGGAUACUUCUGUGGCAAUGAAAGCUGAAGAACAAUAUGUUUCAAAUUCUUUAUUUACUGGAGGAUUCAAUAGUGAGCCAUACAAAAUGGGAGAUUAUGAUGAUGAUAACAAUGACAGUUCACAUAGAGCAUUGCCAUUACCUGGACCAAAUAAUAUGUCGGUUAUGAAGCGAAAUCAAAAUGGAGAGUUUGAUCACAAUAAGUGGUUGUUUGAGACCAAAGGUACCUAUGGAGUUGGCAAUGCUUAUUGGCCUCCAGAUGAUGAAGAUGAUGGUGAUGGUAUGCAUGAAGGAGUAUUUGAUGCUUCUGAUAAACCUUGGAAGCCUUUGUGCAGAGUAAUACCAAUUCCAUCAGGCAUCAUAAGUCCAUAUAGGUUGCUUAUUGCCGUUCGCUUAGUAGUGAUGUGUUUCUUCUUACAUUGGAGAGUGUUUCACCCAAAUACCGAUGCAGUAUGGUUGUGGCUAAUGUCAAUUACUUGUGAGAUAUGGUUUGGAUUCUCGUGGAUACUCGACCAAAUUCCAAAGCUUUGUCCAGUUAAUCGUUCGACUGACCUUGUUGUUCUUCAUGAGAAAUUUGACAGUCCAUCGCCAUCAAAUCCAACAGGGAGAUCUGAUCUACCCGGUGUUGACCUCUUUGUAUCCACGGCUGAUCCUGAGAAGGAACCACCUCUUACAACUGCCAAUACCAUUCUUUCCAUAUUAGCAGUUGAUUAUCCUGUGGAGAAGCUUUCUUGUUAUGUUUCAGAUGACGGCGGUGCUCUCUUGACUUUCGAAGCCAUGGCUGAGGCCGCAAGUUUUGCUGAUUUAUGGGUUCCCUUUUGUCGAAAACACAAUAUUGAACCAAGGAAUCCUGAAUCUUACUUUGCCUUAAAAGUCGAUCCAACUAAAAACAAGAGCAACUUAGAUUUUGUGAAGGAUAGAAGAAGGGUGAAGAGAGAAUAUGACGAGUUCAAGGUGCGUAUAAAUAGCCUUCCGGAUUCAAUUAGAAGAAGAUCUGAUGCAUUUAAUGCAAGAGAGGAAAUGAAGAUGAUGAAGCAUUAUAAGGAGAGUGGCGCGGAUCCUUCUGAGCCGAUCAGAGUAUUAAAGGCCACUUGGAUGGCUGAUGGCACCCAUUGGCCUGGUACUUGGAUUACUGCAUCGAGCGAACAUGCUAAAGGUGAUCAUGCUGGAAUACUUCAGGUGAUGUUAAAGCCUCCAAGUCCUGAUCCGUUAAUGGGAGGUAGAGACGAUAAGAUCAUAGAUUUCUCUGAGGUAGAUACACGUUUGCCUAUGUUUGUAUAUGUAUCUCGAGAGAAGAGGCCAGGUUAUGAUCACAACAAGAAAGCUGGUGCUAUGAAUGCACUUGUUCGAUCAUCUGCAAUCCUAUCAAAUGGACCAUUCAUUCUCAACCUUGAUUGCGAUCACUAUAUCUAUAAUUGCAAGGCAAUACGUGAAGGAAUGUGCUUCAUGAUGGACAGAGGUGGCGAAGACAUAUGCUAUAUUCAGUUCCCCCAAAGAUUUGAAGGUAUUGAUCCCUCAGAUCGCUAUGCCAAUCACAACACUGUUUUCUUUGACGGAAACAUGAGAGCCCUCGACGGUCUCCAAGGUCCAUUCUAUGUGGGAACCGGGUGCAUGUUCAGGCGGUUUGCAUUGUAUGGAUUUGAUCCUCCUUCAGGUGACUUGGAAAUGGAAAAUGCUAAAAAGAAUGGUGGUGAUGGUGAUGGUGAAUUGAGUGAAAGAACACCGGCAUUGACUCCUAGUCAAUUUGAUAAAGAUCUAGACAUACACUUGUUGCCUAAACGCUUCGGUAAUUCAACCAUGUUGGCUCAGAGCAUAGCUAUCGCUGAGUAUCAAGGUCGGCCUCUUGGUGAUCAUCCUGCUGUCAAGUAUGGGCGCAAGCCAGGUGCACUCAGGGAACCUCGCCAACCACUCGAUGCUAGUACUGUAGCUGAAGCCGUGUCUGUGAUUUCUUGUUGGUACGAAGACAAGACCGAAUGGGGAGAUAGAGUAGGAUGGAUUUAUGGGUCGGUGACAGAAGACGUGGUUACAGGGUACCGAAUGCACAAUCGAGGAUGGCGUUCUGUAUAUUGUGUAACCAAACGAGAUGCAUUUCGUGGAUCAGCACCAAUUAACCUUACUGAUCGACUACACCAGGUGCUAAGAUGGGCCACUGGUUCUGUUGAGAUCUUUUUCUCCAAGAACAAUGCAUUCCUCGGCAGUAAACGCCUACUACUUUUACAACGUCUCUCUUACCUCAAUGUGGGAAUCUACCCCUUCACCUCCCUCUUCCUCAUUGUGUAUUGCUUCCUCCCAGCACUAUCAUUGUUCUCCGGAUAUUUUAUUGUGCAAACCCUCAGUAUCUCCUUCUUAAUCUACUUACUCACCAUGACCGUGUGCCUAGUGGCGCUUGCCAUUCUCGAGGUUAAGUGGUCUGGCGUAGAGUUGGAGCAGUGGUGGAGAAACGAACAAUUUUGGCUCAUAUCCGGCACUAGCGCUCAUCUGGCUGCUGUUGUGCAAGGACUGCUAAAAGUGAUAGCAGGUAUCGAGAUUUCUUUUACUUUAACAUCGAAAUCAGCAGGAGAGGACAACGAUGAUAUCUUCGCAGAUUUGUAUAUAGUCAAAUGGAGUUCCCUAAUGAUUCCACCAAUUGUUAUUGCCAUGGUAAAUAUCAUUGCCAUUAUAGUUGCAUUUUCUAGGACGAUUUAUAGCGCAAACCCGCAAUGGAGUAAGUUUAUAGGAGGAGCAUUCUUUAGUUUUUGGGUUCUUGCUCAUUUGUAUCCAUUUGCAAAAGGAUUGAUGGGAAGGAGAGGGAAGACACCAACCAUUGUAUAUGUUUGGUCAGGUCUUAUUGCAAUUACACUUUCUUUGCUUUGGGUUGCAAUUAGUCCGCCGAGGGGCGCUGAUGCAGGUGGUGGUGGAGAUUUCCAAUUUCCAUAA